AUGGCCCAUGUGGCCAUGACACGGCACUUCAACACUGCCUUUGACCCAUCCAAAUCCAAUAUUCCCGCGGAGUACAACUUUGUGCAGCCGAUGCUGCUACAGAAACCUGAGCCCACUGUCACCAACGCGGAAAAUGUCGUCGUUGCCGACGUCGGGCCCUACGCGGAAUUCGACCCCACCUUCAGCCAUCCUAAGGAAUCUUACUGGCGUGGGCCGGCUCCUGAGGGAAGCUUUACGGUCGGCAACACCUACGCGCAGCGCACGCGCUUGACACCCCUGCGCGUGCCGGAGCUUGGGGCUACCGGACCCCGCAACCCGCUGGCCCGCGUCCUCUCUCCAUUCUCCAAGGAGGAAUACUACGCGGUGGAGAUGGACCUGGACUACGGUCGCGAGUGGCCUCGCAUCGUGUGGGAGAACGGCGGCCCCGUGCUACGACCUGGCUUUCUGCAGCCCUUCAUUGAUCCAGACUACCCGCCAUACUGGCUGCACCGGGGCAUAGCUCGGUUUGAGAUUUCGGCAAGCGACCGAGUCAUGCAGGCGUUUGUCGGUGCGCUGUACGUGGCUGUCUUGGCCGCCGCCUCAGCUGCGCUGUACACCUUCAAGCCCGCUCUCUUUGCCGCGGUUGUGGUCAGCUGGGCCCGCAACACGCUGUCUCUGGCCAAGUGGGCAGUGCUUCUAGGCCUAGCAGCUGCCGACCGCAUGUACCUCUACUGGGUGUUCCUGGCGGCCAAGCUGGUGGAUGGGGUGCUGGCGCGGCACCUGCCGCCGGUGCGCAAGUUCUGCUGGGCGAACUUUUUGCUGUGGGUGCUUUACCUGGCACUGUGCGCCUAUUUCCCCGUGCAUCCACGGGAAGCGUUCAUCGUCAGCCGAGCGACCCAGCGACCGAUGGACGUCGAUAGUGCGAUGUGGUGCUCUCGGCCUUCGGCGGCCACCUUGGUCAGCGCUACGCUUACAUGCACGAUACUGCAUGCAACGGACCCCGCAUUGUGCGGAAUUUAGGAAACCCUUGUAAAUACUAAGUCAUC